GGUCGCAACUUCCGCCUGCGCAGAUCCUGGCGCCCGAAGCGGCUGUCCUUGGUCGUCUGGUCGUGAUCUGCACUCGGGCCUGGCCGGGCCGCAGCAGUCAUGGUGAAUUUCCUUCAGCUUGUCCGCGACCAUUGGGUUCAUAUACUUGUCCCUUCAGGAUUUUUAUUUGGAUGUUAUCUAGACAAAAAGAGUGACGAAAAGCUAACUGCCUUCCGGAACAAGAGUAUGUUAUUUAGAAGGGAAUUGAGGCCUGACGAAGAAGUCACUUGGAAGUAAAGACUGGCUAAUCACAUAAUGUUCACAUUUCUAAAAUUAUGGGAGAAAUAAAACCAUUUAUUACUUAAUUAGAAUUUGAA